GCCCUGGAUUUUAUUGACUACAAUAGUAAGCGGGAACGACUCGCGAAAGAAAGAGAGUGUAUUACCUCUCUCAUUUACCGACAUUGGAGAUGCGCGUUCUACUCUUUUUUAUUUCUGUGGGCAUACGCACGUUGGCUGAUAGAGUCAUAAACACACAAAGACAUACGUCAUAAUCGUGAGAGAACGUAAGAAAAAGGCAGCUAGUUCUCAGCCGUUUAGUUUAGUUUCUAUCCAAGCGCAUUUACAAACAGGAAAAGUUAUCAAGUCUUGCAGCGAUUUUUACGCGCUUUAUUAUAUUUUUGCGCGGAUUGAUAUUUUUUUUUGCGGAUUGCUAGUAAUACCGCGAAAAUUGCGCGGAUUUUUAACCAAUUUUGAAAAUUAAAUCCUCCGCGCACGACAUAUUUUCCAGUCUGGUACACAGGUUAGUGGUUAACCCAAUUUUCAACCAUUACUGCUAAGUGCUAACCCGUAGACACAUUUUUAAUCUUUUUAUUCGCCAUUUAAGUAUAUAUAUAUCGAAUAAGAAUAAUAUUUUUUAUUGGGUGGUAUUUAUAUUGAAGAGUCCGAACUUGUUUUUGCACAUAAAAACUGUUUUUGCUUGAAUUUGGGUAUUUUUUGCGGGUUUUGUUUAACAAUUAUGUUGCAUACACAUAUUUUCCAAGGUGUGUAGCUGUUAGUUGUAAUGCUCAAAUAAUUAAAACUUUAACAUUAAUAUGGAUUAUACAAGAGAUCCGUGUCCAUGGAGAAUCUUAGAUGAUUGUGGUGGAGCUUAUACGCUUGGGUUCUUGGGUGGAGGUUUGGUUUCCAUGGUGGGUGGAGCAAGAAAUGCACCAAAAGGGAUAUCCAACAGGUUGCUGGGAGCGAUGGCUAAUGCAAGGAUAAAAACACCCCGGACUGCUGGUAGCUUUGGUGUAUGGGGACUUACGUUUUCACUGUGCGACUGUUCAUUAGUUGCUCUGCGGCAAAAAGAAGAUCCUUGGAACUCCAUAUUAAGUGGCGCUGGUACAGGUUUCAUUCUAGCGAUAAGACAAGGGAUGGCUCCAGCAAUUGGUUCAGCUGCCAUCGGUGGUGUGUUGUUAGCACUGAUUGAAGGAGUUGGAAUAGCAUUAAAUCGAUUUCAAGCAGAUAUGUACAAACCUGUAGCUCCACAAUUUGAUGAUCAAUCUCUUUCCGGUGGAAUACAAAACUUACAAUAAAUUGUUGUUGAAAUUGUUUUUAUUUAUUAUUUGUAACAUGUAAUUACUACAAAACACUUUGUUUCCACAAUAGGCAAGUUAAUAUGUCCAUGCUGUUUAACCGUAUUUUUUCAGGUAGUAUUACCAACCACUUACAUAUUAUCUUUCAAAAAGUCAAUAAACUGUCCACUUUUAUUACCUGUGAAUAAGGAAACAACAAUAAGCAAUGUCUAAGUGUAUGACAGAGUAGCAAAUGUUUACUUUUGUUUUGGAAUUUAUAAUUAAUCUUUUUUUAAAUAAGGAAUCCGCUGAUUAGUUUAUGGUAAACUUAAAAAUAAGAUGUCACAAUUUGUCUUUUUUGUUAACGCGGAAAUACCAAAUCAAAAUUUGUGUGUUGACAGAAAUGCCAAAUUUCAUGUUUCAUGAAAGAUGAAAGUACAACCGCUGGAGUAAAAAAGGUUAAGCGACAAUGCAUGGGAUUUCCUAUAAGAAAAAGUGUAACUAAACUUUGACCUUAUCUAGAUUUUAAACUAACUACAGAAAAUUUGGUUUUGGUAUAAUAAAUGCCUUUCUGUGUGAAUAUAUAACAAGCUGCAUCA